ACCCAUCCGGGGCCCACGAACCGGCGGCAGUAUAUAAGCGCUCGGUGGUGGAAAUUUCGAUAUCAUUUCCAUUCAUUCGUCCGAACAGAGAGGACACAUCCCUCAGAGCCACAGCUCAACAGAAGUCACUGUUUCGAUUUCGUAAAAUACGCCACGAUUACACGAAGUUGACGUUUUGUGCAUCAAAACAUCAACAAAGUACAAAAGCAGAGAGUGAGAACGAGAACGAAACAAGCGCGCAUUUAACAGUGACGGUUGGAGUUAAGCAAAGUGACGAAUCGGAAGAUUGAGAAUAACGGUUUGUGCAAGUGCAAGUGCAGAAGUUAAAGAGACAAACCGACUUGAGUGAAAGUGUGUGCCUGUCUGUGCGUCCGUGUGACAAGCAAUUGUGGUUAAGCCAAGCAAACAAAACAACAAACACACACACACACAAAAUGGAUUACGCAAAUAUGGUGUCAGAGUCGGCAGGACUCAACGGUAAACUGCAGUCCUCGCUGGAACCGCUAUCCCGCACCUACCAGUACCGGAAGGUGAUGAAGCCAAUGCUGGAGCGAAAGCGCCGUGCCCGCAUCAACCGGUGUCUGGACGAGCUGAAGGAGCUGAUGGUGUCUGCCCUACAGUCCGAGGGCGAAAAUGUGGCCAAGCUGGAGAAGGCCGACAUUCUGGAGCUGACCGUCCGUCACCUGCACAAACUGCGCCGCCAGCAGCGUCUUGCCGCAAACCCCGUCCUGGAUGCGGACCGUUUCCGGGCCGGAUUCACCCACGCCGCCAACGAAGUGUCCCGCUGUCUCGCGUCGACGCCCGGCGUUGACAUCAAGCUCGGCACGAAGCUGAUGACACACCUCGGCCAUCGGCUGAACGAUCUCGACAAGGUGUCCCCACUGUCCGUGCAUGUGGAGUCCGCCGGUUCCAACGCCGCCGGUUCCCGCAGCCCAUCCGCCUCGCCCCCGAUCUCACCGUUCUCGGCCGCCUCCUCCACGUCCGGGGAUGUGCCCAUGUACCAGAUGCCGCUCACCCCGCAGUCGUACCGCAGCGAAGAGUCCGGACUGCUCGCACCGUCCACCACACCGUCGCCGAACCCGAGCGAAUGUGACGACCACCACCAUACCGGAGGUCUGCUCAAGAUCCAACAGUCGGCCGGUGAAUCCGUGUGGCGGCCGUGGUAAUGCAACCACUGCAAGCAGCAGCAGCAGCAUCCAAACAACGAAGUGGUGAAAACGAAACCAAAACUCGAACUCGAAUCCAUCGAUCUCAACCGAAAAACCGGAACCACAAUAGGGCGGAAGCAGUUGGAUUUUGCGCAAUGAAGUGUGGGAGGACAAGCAACGGUUUGCAGCUUUAAAUAGUGUAUUAGGGAACUUAGUACGUAAGGAUCGCUCGGGCCGGGCGCUCUACGGCGCCAGCUCGUUUACUUAGGCCAGUGUGUGUGAGCGCAUUUUUUUUUAUUAAUCGCUUGAGAAGGAGUUAACGUUUUUUUUUUUCAUUUAGCAUUUGUUCUUGUUAGUUGAAUUUGUUGCGAAGAACAAUAUUCAUUGUGAUAUUAAUGUGUACGCGUCGAUUAGCAAGCAGGAGAGAGCGGGUGUGAAAGACGGUUAGGAGAGGUGUUUUUAACGAUGCAUUUAAAAAGACAAGGACGCUUGUGUUGCGUCAACGCACAAACGCCCCAGUUUUAGCUGUAAGGACCGAGCAGGAGAGAGACAAGCAUUAGAAAAGACUUGAAAGGAGUGAUAGGAGCGGAUGUAUUCCAGUGUUUUAUUUUUCCAACAAAAACUAUUAGGAUUGUGAUCAGGACGAAAAAAGGAUUGCAAAGAUUUCCCUUCGCAAGCUGGGCAGCCAAGCUUCGAGGCAUGACGCAAUUUCUGUGAUUUCAAACAAAACAAAUCAAAAGCAACGAGAAAGAGGAAGGAGCGAUGGCUUGCAUGCCACACGAAAUCGCAGCUAAAAUGACAAUGAUCAAUCUUAAAAAAAAAAGAAAAUGGUUGAAAAAAGAAAACAACAAAAAUACAUUGCUCAAAAUCAUUCUACAAAACUUAA